AUUGGAAAAUGGUCGAAGUUCAGCGGGUCGCCUCUCGGUUACGAUUAAAAGCCUUCUUUGAACAUUUAUUUACCUUUGUUGUGGACAGUUUACUCUGAAUAUCUAUCUUCAAAAUGAUAGUUAAUGCACUAAGUAAAUACAAAAGGUAUUAUACUUUUUUAUCACUGCGAAAUUUGUCACACUUCCAGUUGUUACCGGACCGUCAGGAUCUCUCUUCAGACAGCUGUAGCUGUAGUUCCGCCCACCGGAAAAUGAUUGGCAUGAGAAGAGGAUUAUGGGGAGUUUCGCGCCAAAAUACAAUUUUUUCCCGCGAAACUUCGUUUCCGUACGGAGGAUUGAUUCACAAUACCUAUUCAGCUACAGUAUCAUCGACUUCAGAAUUCACUGAUCAAAUGCCUGCCUCUGCCGAAGAGACAGAUUACUCUCCGUCCCCUAAACGUGCCAGAAUCGACGAAGAUAUGCCGAACAACACAGCGGUAGUGCCUCCUGUGCUGCGUUAUGCAAAGCUGUCAGAGAACGCAACUCCUCCAAAGAAGGGGACAGAAUUCGCCGCCGGAUAUGAUUUAUACAGGUGGGUCCUCGAAUGUUCUGGGGCCUAUGCUGAGGACGUGACUAUUCCCUCCCAUGGGACAAAGACGGUGAUGACCGACAUUAAAAUUGAACUUCCUGAAGGUUGCUAUGGAAGAGUGGCACCGAGAUCAGGGCUAGCCCGAAACAAUCAAAUUGAUGUUGGUGCUGGUGUAAUUGACAGGGACUAUCGUGGUAACGUGGGUGUUGUGAUGUUCAAUCUUAGCAAGACAGACUUCAAAGUGGAGAAGGGAAUGCGCAUCGCACAACUAAUAUGCGAGAGAAUAUUCUAUCCAGAGAUAGAAGAAGUGGAAGAAGAAGAACUAACCAAGACUGAACGUGGAAGCAGUGGGUAUGGUUCAACAGGGACCAAAUGAGCUUGUCCACUGCAUGUUCAACUGUUCAACUCUAAAACACGUAGACCUAACACGGCAAGUGUACAUAGCUGGUACAGAAGAUUUAUUUGCACGGGGGGAUUAAGGUUCACUAAAGUACUGGAAAAUACAGGGCCAUGGCUGGUCCCCUCUGUCCCUUUAUUUUUUUCUGUAUUUUCAGGAACCUACAGUGUAGAUCCACUGCUGUUAUGCAUCACUAUAUCCCUUCUCUUAAUGUAUUUUAAGGAGUGUCUGAAACUUUGAAUGCGGCAAAAUUUAAAUAUGGGCAUUACGAAAGCCGUUCAUUCUUUCAGGUGUCAGUCUUUGCUGUAAUGUCAGUACUAUGGGAAAGGAUACAGAGAAAUUUAGAAGGAAAUACAAAACCUAAUGAUUCAAGUUUUCUGGUGCUACAUGUAUUCGGAGGCUGAGCACAAACACUGGAAUUUGGAAAGUCCUUUAAUCUUCUCCUAUCUUACCCCACCCCUACCCCACCCUCAGUAACCGUUAGGUCUCAUGGAGCGGGGGGGGGAAAAAUUUGGGACCAAAGUGAAUUCUCUGGUUUAACAGUCACUCAAUUUUUUUUGCCAACGUGAUAUCUUGUAAUUACAGUGGAGCACUGUCAUAUUAAAGUCCUUGGGACUUCACAAAUUUCUUUGUCAUAAUACAUGCAGUUACCUUGUACAUGUUUAGUGAAAACCAGAGACGCUGUACCUAAAAUUGUCCUUGUUAUAAAUAUGGCCUUUUGUUAAAGGUGCUUUCAUUUGUGUUCAACUGUACACACAGAAAGUGGCUUCGAGUCUAGCUUGUCUGAAAAUAGGAAUACAUUUUGCUGUGCAUGAAACAGUAAGCUGCACAAUAAUUUGAGCAUUAUUCAUAUGGAUAAUUCUACAUGGUGAUUUUUUUAGAUUGUUUUCAAACAUUAAAACUGAAUCAAUUUUUUGGUUGGUUACGAGCACUCAACCAUAACACUUUUGUCUCAAGUAUUCAGGUGCCAUUCAUUCCAAGUAUUUGGCUUUUUGUACAAACUCUGUAUUUUGUUUCCUUGACUUUUUGCGAACUCUAAAUAAAUGUAAAUUAUGGGCUUAAUUUUUUCCUGACUUGGUUUGGAUUUAUCCACUUGUUUCUGAAACGAUUUAAAUUCCACUUAAUGAUACCCACUGUUACCCCCAUUUUUUCUUAAAGGACUGCUGAAUUCCCAGGUCCCUGGAAAUUUUUGAAAAGCCAAAAUGUUCUUGAUUUUUUUUAGCCAAAAUGUCAAACUUUGUGGUCUUUCCAGCCAGGCUGUAUUUGUUAGAAAUUACUUUGAUUUUAAUAUGCGACACAAAUUUCCUUGAAAUCUUUAUUGUUUGAUUCCCCCAUCACCGCCACACAAAGCCAAAUAUUGAGCAACUUUCAAAAAUAAAAAUUAAGUCGC